AUGAAGGAAGCCAGCAGCAGCCGUGUCGGCGGCGCCGGCGCCGGCGCUGAGGACGUCGGUUCCUCGUCCGCGGUAUUCUACGAAGCGAUUUUAUCCGCGUUGGUCUUAGGACUUGGUAGCGAUGGCGUCGCGGUGUGGCAUUGUCGCGUCCAAGUGUCCAACAAUUGUUUCCCACAAGAUGAGGGUAUAAGCUCCAGCGAAAUGGACAAUACUGAAUGCUCUGAGACGCCCUCAGAGAUGUCGGGUUCUGAAAGAACAAGACCUGAAGAUAGCAAAAAGCAUCUUCCGUACUUGAUAAGAAGAUAUCUAUUAAAAAGAAGGCCACCAAUGCAAAUUGCUAUGCUGAUUGUUGGUACAAGAGGGGAUGUGCAGCCAUUCAUAGCUAUAGGAAAAUGUUUGCAGGACUACGGUCAUCGUGUUAGAUUAGCAACCCAUGCCAACUUCAAAGACUUCGUGAUGACUACUGGGUUGGAGUUUUAUCCCCUUGUUCGAGAUCCAAAAAUUCUUGCUGGAUACAUGGUUAAGAACAAAGGAUUCUUGCCUGCAAUUCCAUCAGAAAUUCCUAUCCAGCGCAAGCAGAUUAGGGACAUCAUAUUCUCCUUGCUUCCUGCUUGCAAGGAUCCGGACAUUGAUACUGGUGUUUCUUUUAGUGCAGACGCCAUAAUAGCUAAUCCAGCAGCAUAUGGCCUACCUGUGAAUUUCCGCAUCCUUUCUCAUGUGAAGCAACCUGCUGGAUAUAGAGUAAGUUGA